AUGGCCAUCGGGCUGUGCUACAGCGUUGAACCCUCUCCAGGACUGCAAAGAGACGAAGAGCCCAGACAUCUCAGAGCUGAAGGAGACGUGUUUCUAAUGGAAAACACAUUAUCAGCUGGGAAAAUGCAGGGGGUAUUCAAGAGAGCCUCAAAAAUAUUUCAGCAAACCCAUGCUCUCCUAUGGAAAAAUAUUCUUCUGGUGUGGAGGAAGAAGACAGAAAGUUUUCAGGAAUGGAUUACAUCCGUGGUUUUUCUCUUAAUAAUACAAACAUCGUCAGGUAUGAUAUUCCACUACCCGCGGCAAGAAAUCCCUUACGACUUCCUCGGACGAUUAGAUGAUCCAGCCUUUAACGCUACGGGAGUUACACUCGCAUACACGCCUGUAACGAACACCACCAGGCAAAUAAUGAGCAAAGUGGCUUCGGAUUCUGCGAUGACGGGUAUAAUAAUAGAAGAGGUGGAAAAUGAGAAAAAACUGGAAACAAGAGGAACUUUGGAGGAAGACAUUAUUGGUGUUGUUUUUAAGGAUGACUUCUCCUACCGUCUCAGAUUUCAAAGCUACAGUGUGGUGUCUCCAAAUGAUGCCUUUGACCACAUUGAUACUUGCUCCAGUUUUUCAUCAAGUAACUGCAAAGUUCCUUUGUACUGGUAUGCGGGUUUCCUAUCAGUGCAGUCCAGCAUUGAUGCGGCAGUCAUAGAAAUGAAAACAAACCAUUCUGUCUGGGAAGAGAUGAAGUCAAUUAGCGGCGUCCGUCUGAAAUCACCCUUGAUCAAACCUGUGUAUAAAAUGGAUUAUAUUUGGUUCAUUAUUUACAUUAUAUUGUGCUUCUCCCCAUAUAUGUACUUUUUAUCAGUGAAAGUUAUAAGAGAGAAAAAGAAGCUCAAGGUAUUAAUGAGAGCAAUGGGUUUGCAAGAUAUCGCAUUCUGGUUGUCCUGGAGCUUGCUGUACACGGUUUACAUUUCCAUAACGGCAAGUCUGCUGACACUGAUCACAAUUAGAGAAGUCAUCCAUGAUUACAACUUUUUUGAAAUAUUUUUUUUUUAUUUCUUUUACGGCAUAGCAUCUAUUCACUUCUGUUUCAUGCUCUGCUCAUUGUUAAAGCAACCAAAUAUUGCCAGUUUCGUGGGAUUUGUCCUUCACAUCAUCUUCGGAUUGCUGGGCUUUUUGACAUUGUUCGAAAAACUACCACCAUCUUCGGAAUGGAUUUUUAAUCUCUUCAGUCCUUUUGCCUUUACAGCUGGCAUCUCACAGAUGGUAAAAUUAGAAAAAUAUGGACCAGCCUUUACACCAGAAUUGUACCCUUUCUUUAAACUGUACAUGAUACUGAGCCUUGACAGUGUCUUGUAUUUGCUGUUGGCCAUCUACUUUGAUAAGGUUUUGCCUGGCAAGUACGGAGUACCAUAUCCGCCUUUGUUCUUCCUGAGACCGUCGUACUGGUUCAAGCCCAGGAGCGGGUACGUGGGGGUGCAAGCUGGCAGCGAGAGCAGCCACGAUCCUAUCUCCAGCAAUAACACCGAGCCGAUGCCUCCAGGCUUUGAUGGGAAGGAAGCAAUUAGACUAAACAAUAUUAAAAAAAUAUACAAGAAGAAGGACAAGAGAACCGAAGCUUUAAGGGGUUUGUCCUUAAAUAUAUAUGAAGGCCAGAUCACUGCAUUACUUGGUCACAAUGGAUCUGGAAAAACUGCUCUCUUAAAUGUGCUCAGUGGAUUUUCCAAGCCUUCAGCAGGUUCUGCAAUGAUAUACAACUACAAAGUUUCUGAAGUACGGGAUAUGGAAGGAAUUCAGGCAAUGGUUGGGAUUUGUCCCCAAUUUAAUUUGCAUUUUGAAGACUUAACGGUGAAGGAAAACCUGAGAACUUUUGCUCACAUCAAGGGGAUUCAGCGGAAGGAAGUAGAGCAAGAGGUGCAGAAAGUUCUUACGAUGUUGGACCUCACCGACCUUCAGGAUGUUCGCGCUGAUACUCUGAGUGGGGGACAAAAAAGAAAAUUGUCUCUUGGAAUUGCAAUUUUAGGGAAUCCCCAGGUGUUGCUUUUAGAUGAGCCAACGGCUGGGUUGGAUCCCUGCUCCAGGCACCACGUGUGGAGCCUUCUGAAGGAACGCCAGCCUGGACGUGUGACGCUCUUCACAACCCAGUCCAUGGAGGAGGCCGAUGCUCAUGCUGAUCGGAAAGCUUUCCUCUCAAAUGGGAGAUUACAGUGUGUCGGCUCAUCUCUGUACUUGAAGAGAAAAUGGGGAAUUGGCUACCACUUAAGGGUGCGCAUAAAUGACCUGUGUGACCCUGAGCUUACAUCAUCCCUGGUCAGACAGUACAUCCCUAAUGCCGUGCUCAAAGGACAGAAGGGGAGCGAGCUGUGUUAUAUGCUACCUCUGGAAAACACUGAGAGCUUCCCAGAUCUGUUCAGCCAUCUCGAGAGCAGUCUUUUGCAGGGGGUGGUUAAUUAUGAGGUUAGCAGGACAACCCUGGAAGAUGUUUUCCUGAAGCUGGAGCAUGAGGAAGCCAUCGAUGGAGAAGAAGAUGGAGACCUCGAGGAGAGAAACCACAGCCUCCUGGUGUCUUCCGAACAGGAGAGCGUGGCAGUGAGCGGGAUGGCGCUCUGGAGGCAGCAAGUGUGUGCCGUGAUGAGAGUUCGCUUCUUAAAACUAAAGCACGAAGGAAAGUUUCUCAGGUCCAUAUUGCUGUUCUUUGGAAUAUUUAUCCUUCCAAUGCUGAUGAUUUUCAUUGGAUUUCAACUGUGGGACAGCUCCAGUAACUGGGAAAUCACAGCUAGCUCAUAUUUUCUUCCCACUGAAGAGAAAAUUCAAAAUAAGUCAACAAAUCUUCUCAUCUUCAAUGACACAGGAUCAGAAAUUGAGGAUUUCGUUGCUGCUUUGAAGACUCAAAGCAUAAUCCCAGAAAUAACUCUUCCGAAAAACAUCACAAGCAUUCCACUACAUAAUGGAGCUAUAAAAAUAUCCCUGGAAGGCAAGAGCUACCGAUUCACCGUCAUGUGCAGUGCAGAACCCAUCAACUGUUUCCCCGUGCUCGUGAAUAUCCUCAGCAACACCUUCCUAAGGCUCUUCAAUUCCACCGCGCGCAUCCGUGUCUGGAGUGAGCCCUUUUACAGUACACAAAGCCCAGAAAUAAAGAGCAAUGUUUUUUUCAUCUGUCUCAGCUACAUGCUGAUUUUGGCUGCCGGUUUGCCUCCUCACUUUGCGGUGAGCAGCAUGGAGGAUUACAAGCUCCAGGCUCGCGCCCAGCUGCGGCUCGCGGGGCUCUUCCCCUCGGCAUACUGGUGUGGGCAGGCACUGGUGGACGUCCCGCUCUUCUGGACUCUGGUGUGCCUCAUGUUUGGGGUUGUGCUGCUCUUCAACCGCAUCUGCCCCUUGCAGGCCAGCACCGUGCUGCCCCUGAUCAUUUGCAUCAUUGGUUACGGAGUAUCUCUUGUCCUCCUCGUCUAUUUAAUUGCCUUUAAAUUUCGCAUGGGACGAAGCAAUCGUUACAUUUGGUCUUUCAUCUUCAUUCUGGUGAAUUUCACUCUCUAUAUGCUCAGUGACCUACACGACGCACUUUACUUCACCUUCUCUGCAGUGAUUCCUGUGUUUCCAGUGCUGGGCUGGUUGAUCUUCUCUACACCACGUUUCUUACUGUUUCACAAUAUCGGUCUUCUUGAGUCAUGGAAUCACACCUUCGUAGCUGUCUUUGCACCUUACAUCCAUUGUGUGAUUUUUGCUUUUCUCCUGCGCUGUUUGGAGAUGAGAUAUGGAGAAGCAGUUACAAGACUUGAUCCCGUCUUCAGGAUCCAGCAGAGGAGAGCGGUCACCCACCAGAACAGGGACCACCCUGGGGAGGAGUCCCCAGAAGUCCAGGCGGAGAGGGAGAGGGUGAGGAGCGUGAUGGCCUCCCUGCAGCAAGAGGAGGAGUCGGUUAUCGUUGUCAACAGUUUGCGCAAGGAAUAUGAAGACAAGAAAGCCAGUUCCAUCUUUAAGAAAAAGAAGAAAGUUGCUGUCAAAAACGUCUCUUUUAGCGUUAAAAAAGGAGAAGUAUUAGGUCUGUUAGGACCCAACGGAGCUGGAAAAAGCACAACUAUAAACAUGAUUUCUGGAGACAUAGCAGUGACUGCUGGGGAGGUGCUGCUCCAGGGCCGCGAUGCAACUGCCUCCUCCCCGGGGCAGGGCAGCCCGGGAUGCCUGGGCUGCUGCCCGCAGCAGGACCCGCUCUGGCCGGACCUCACGGUGGACCAGCAUCUGGAGGCGUACGCUGCCGUGAGAGGGAUGAGGAAAGAAGAUGCAGCUGUUAUCAUCAGCCGCAUAGCAAAGGCCUUGGAUCUCCAGAAGCAUUUAACAACCCCAGCUAGGAGGUUAUCUGCUGGAGAAGCCAGAAAGCUGUGUUUUGCGCUGAGCGUCCUGGGAGAUCCGACGGUAAUGCUUUGGGAUGAGCCAUCAGCGGGCAUGGACCUGAAAGGGCAGCGCCGUAUGUGGAAAGUGAUUCAGACCGCCAUGAAAAGCAAGGAGCGGGCAGCCAUCCUCAGCACGCAGUACCUGGAGGAGGCGGCGGCGAUGUGUGACCGGGUGGCCAUCCUGGUGUCGGGGCAGCUACGGUACAUCGGUUCCCUUGAGGAUCUGAAAAGUAAGUUUGGCACAAGUUACCACCUAGAAGUCAAAAUGACGGACACGGAGCAAAGCGAUGCUCUCCACGCCAAAAUUCUGCACCUCUUCCCCUGUGCGGCUCGGCAAGAAAGGACUUCUUCUUUGCUCAUCUACAAGAUACCAAUGGAAGAUGCACUACCUCUGUCCCAGUCUUUCUCCAAGCUAGAAGCAGCUAAACAGAAUUUCAGGCUCGAGGAGUACAGCUUGUCAUUGCACACUUUGCAACAGGUGUUUCUAGACCUCACCAGGGACCCGGAGGAGCACGACCUGCAUGCAGCAUCCGGCGGGGCUGUGGAGCAGAUACCACUUCAUCCCUGAGCCCUUGGAGCCACAAAGGAAAAUAUUCAGCGUAUUUCAUCAGUGUUACUGAUAUGUGUGAUCGGAUGCAGCCCUAGGACUUGGUUACCCGUGUCACAACACAUACCGCUCCGCAGGUUUUCUGCCUCACAAAGAAUGAAUGAAUUAUUAUUUUAAUAAAUAAAGCCUUUAUCCUUU